UGGUUUGGACUCAGCAAUGGAAGCAGCAGUAAUUUGCUUCUCCAGCUCAGCUCUUCCUGUGAAGGCUGCUGACAUGAUGGGGACAGACAAUAUGGCGGUCUCUGAUCACUUUAAUCGACAAAUAGUCCCGCUUUCAGAGUCUCAGCCGGACUUCUCCGGUCAGCCGUACUCCGUGUCUGUCCUUAAAGUCGGGUACUGUCUCCCUCAGACCGAUGGGGCUUGUAGAGCCGGCGGGACCAUCACCCUAAUAACGGGACCCAAGACUGUUCUGGUGGACACCGGGGGUCCGUGGGACCGGGACUUUCUCCUUAUGUCACUGAAAGAUAGGGGUCUGGAACCGGAAGACAUAAACCUGGUCGUAGGGACUCACGGACAUUCAGACCACAUAGGAAAUCUGGGUCUAUUUCCAACAGCAGUGAUGAUUGUAGGAUAUGAUAUCAGUGAAGGGGACACAUACCGCCCCAACAAGUUGGCAGACGGACACAGUUACACAAUUGAUGAGCAUAUAUCAGUAGUUCCCAGUCCAGGCCACACAGGACAAGAUGUCAGCGUUCAGGUGAAGGGAACCUCAGUGGGCACAGUAGUUGUUGCAGGGGACUUAUUUGAGUGCUGCUCAGAUGAGGACAGUUGGCGGGAUCUGAGUAUGAACACUACAGUACAGGAAGUCAGCCGCCAAGAGGCGCUACGCACUGCUGAUGUCAUCAUACCAGGACAUGGACCCCCCUUUAGAGUCCUCAGGAACUGUUGAACCAACCCUUGAGAUCAGUUCGGGGUUAUGUAAGGAAGUGACUCGAUUGACAUUAGGUGGAGUUUUACAACUUGACUGGAGCUGCUGGUCAUAAUGUCAUCAUGCUGAGAGCUAGAUUGUUUUCAUUCUAGUUUACACAGGGUCAUCUGCACACAUUCAGCACACCUUCAUAUAGAGAAGAGCAGCUCUUCAGCUACUAACCAACCAACCAUCUGGCUACACAAGGAUAAUGAAAAAAAUGUUAUAAAGCUGUACCUGUAAACUAAAUUUUAUUUACUGAACAGUAUGCUGGUAUGACUGAUGGCAUGUACUGUACCUACCUGAAUUUACACCUACAUCCCUUUCAAGGUGUGAACUUGCACAGGAGAGGUCAGCAAAAAGAGAUUUUCAGUUGCUGUUAAAUUAAUCUGUCAACUAUCUGCAUCUCAUUGUGCUCAGAAUGGGAUUUUCACACUGAAAUGCAAAAUGUGGGUUAAUAAAUGUCAAAAGCAGAAAUGUAAAUUUUAAUGUGAAACAUUAAAGCUAAACACUGCUUUUA